UUAAAAAUAGUAUCUCCUCCUUUUCUCUUCGCUGGGCUGAAUAUUUCAGUCAGCUGAGGAUGCUCGGACUGCACAGCUUCCAACGCCCCCUCCCCCGCCCUGCAGACACGGCACAAAAAACGCUCCAGAAAUCACAUUCGAGCGCAUUACGGAGCAAGAUGGCGCUCAUGCUGUCAGCACCUCGGACAGCGCCGGCGGCUCACACACAAAUCCCGCUUCCCUUUUAACUUCUCAUUCGUUUCUGUCCAUUUAAAGGGGCUGCCCCGUGAUACACAACUGCGGGUCAGAGCUCUGGGCUGGUGACAACUUCCAGGUGAACCCAGGAGGAGCAAACAGCUGCUGUCAAACAGGACUCAUCUCUCCUCGUCUUCAGAGGGGACAAUCUGAACCAAAUUCAGAGGGAGAGCAAAAAAAAAAAAAAAAAGAAGACUCAGAGCUGCAGUGAAAGUCAGCAGCUGGUUUAAGCAGGCAUAUCGGGAGGAGAGAUGAAGCGACGCGUUGCGGAGUCACGGCGGACCCACAGCAGAAAUGAAGCUCUGAUCUCCCGGUUUCCUGCCCACUGAGUCCCGCUGUGUUUUCCUGGUUUCUCCGGCUCUGCAGACCCCGACGGGAAGAUGCUGGCCCUCCUGGCGACGGUGUGUUCAACGCUGGUCAUCCCCGGCUGUGCCCUCGGCUCGCAUUUCAACCCAGAUGGCGCUCCGCUGAGUGAGCUCUCCUGGUCGUCCUCCCUGGCUGUGGUGGCCAUCUCCUUCUCUGGUCUCUUCACCUUCGUCUUCCUCAUGCUGGCCUGCCUCUGCUGCAAGAAGGGGAAAAUGGGCUUCAAGGAAUUCGAGAAUGCGGACUGUGACGAGUACCACGCCGACAUGUCCACCUUGGCCUCCCCGGCCUCCCAGGGUACUCCGGACGUCUACAUCCUGCCACUCACAGAGGUGUCCCUGCCAACCGCUAAGCAGCCGGCCCGAUCCGCUCAGCUGCUGAAGUCCUCUGAACUGAGCCGCCACAGUCUGCUCUACCUGAAGGAGAUCGGACAUGGAUGGUUCGGCAAGGUUCUGCUGGGGGAGGUGAACACGGGCCUGAAAACCACCCAGGUGGUGGUGAAGGAGCUCAAAGCCAGCGCCAGCGUGCAAGACCAGAUGCAUUUCCUGGAAGAAGCACAACCUUACCGCAAACUCCAGCACCCAGCUCUGCUGCAGUGCCUGGCCCAGUGCAUAGAGGUCACUCCCUACCUGCUGGUCAUGGAGUUCUGUCCUCUGGGUGAUGUGAAGGGUUACCUCCGAAGCUGCAGGUCCAACGAGGCGAUCGCUCCUGAGCCCCUGAUCCUGCAGAGGAUGGCCUGUGACAUUGCAUCAGGACUGCUGCACCUGCACAAACACAACUUCACUCACAGCGACCUGGCUCUGAGGAACUGCCUACUGACUGCUGACAUCUCAGUGAAGAUCGGAGAUUACGGUCUGGCACACGCAAAGUAUAAGGACGAUUUCUACGUGACCUCGGACCAGGCGUACGUGCCGCUGCGCUGGAUUGCUCCCGAACUGGUGGACGAGGUUCACGGAAACCUGCUGAUAGCCGACCAGACCCAGCAGAGCAACAUCUGGUCUCUUGGUGUGACCAUCUGGGAGCUGUUUGAGCUGGGAAGCCAGCCCUACGGACACUACUCGGACAGACAGGUCCUGACGUACGCUGUGAGAGAGCAGCAACUGCGAUUGCCCAAGCCGCUCCUCAAAGUCCCCCUGGCUGAGCGCUGGUAUGAAGUGAUGCAAUUCUGCUGGCUCAAACCCAACCAGAGACCCAAUGCGGAGGAAGUGCACCUAUUGCUCAGCUAUCUGUGCGCAAAAGGGGCCAGCGAAGCUGAAGAGGACUUUGAGAGGCGCUGGAACUCCCUGCGUCCCAAUGCUGGAUUCAACAGCCACCACACCGCCUCGACGAAAUCCAGAGAGCCGCCGUCAUCCAACUCCUCUUCUUUCCCUCUGCUAGAGCGGUUUUCAUCUGGUGAUGGCUACCAUUCAGAGUCUGGAGAUGACGUUCUGACAGUCACAGAGACCAGCCACGGCCUGAACUUUGAGUACAAGUGGGACCAAGCCAGAGCGGACCCAUCCUACAUAGACCAGGAGUCCUCGAGUACCUGUGCUCAGGCCAGCCAUCAUUGCCCAGACGUGUUUUACCCACCAGGGGGCAUUGUUGGAGGAUGCCCCAUGGAGAGCCUGAGCCAUGGAGUUUCUCCUUCUUACUAUCAACCAAAACACUUGCAUCCUCCCAGUGUGCUCCCCGUCCUCAGUGCCCACAGCCCCUCAGUAAGCAGUGAAUAUUACAUCCGCAUCGAGGAGCCUGUGGACUGUAACAUAGAUCCAGAUUACAACAUCUGCUCCUACAGCCCAGACUAUCAAGGCAGCAGUGGCAGCUUCCUGACAGGCAGCGCGGACUCCGGCGAAUGCAUGGCCUGCCCAUCACAGACCAAAACCAUGGGUCCCUACUGGUCUGCAGACAUCCAUAAGUCCGAUCCGUAUGACUCCAAUGACUCGAGUCCAGCCAUCUCCUUGACAAUGGAGCCUCUUUUAGGUCAAGUGUCAGAGAGCAGCCCCCUUCGACCCUGGGAAUCAAGUCAUUAUGUCUCCUAUAAAGAUAGAGACGGGGGCUACUACUAUGAGCACUCACCUCCUUUAGAAAUAGACCCAUAUCUAAUUGGAAGUGAGCACUCCAGUGAGCAUCAUCAAGAAAGCUGGGGGUCCAGAAGCCUUCGUCAGGCUUUAGGAGAACUGGAGAACCCUCUGGGUAUAUCCCCAUCUCUAAACAGUCCCCCUGAAGAGGCUUACAGAGAGUCAUACCUGGACACGGGUCAGACCUCUCUCUUAGGGAAGAAUGUGACAGGAGGCUACUACGACAUGAUGGGCUCUCUAAGGAAGACCAUGCCCAGCCACACGAGGCACAAUAGCCACUCUGUCAGUAUCGACAUGAACACCGGAGGGGCGCUCUUCAUUGGACACAGAGACAGCGAUACAGAGGACGAAGAGGAGGACAUAUUUAUUGAGAGACACACUUGCAACACAUGGCCUUCGAAACACCGGCACAGCAGUGCAGGCCACCACAGGCGGGCGAGCCACAGCUGCAGGCAGGACUCCUACACCGACUUUAACUACACGAUGCCAAGUACGGACAUUGAAGACACCUGGCCGGAUCAGCACAGCCUGGCUUUUCACUCUCUGCCCAAACCCAUCGACUAUCUAGAGCCACACCAGGCCAAAGAUAACAGUGCCUGCCUUAGUCUGAGCAAACAUCACAGCAUGGUGCCCUCAGACAACUGCAAUGCCUACAUCUACCUGUGCCACGAAGCGGAUACUCAGGUGCCAGCAUCUGGAGAGUGCUGCCACACCCACUUUGUUGACCCACUCACUGGUUUGUUGGUGAGAAACAACAACUACUGUCACAACUACAUCACAGAUAAGGCCAAUGAUGUUCUCAGCAGCGAGGAGAUGAUUAAUCUAUCACCGGCUCCAGGGGGUCCCAUUGUUUCCAAACAGGCCUUGAUAAAAUCCGCCGACUGUAAAGGGCAGUAUGUAAAUCUUACAGCUGAAGAAACACUAGUCAAAGAGGAGCGAGAGGAAGUAAUCAAAGAAAAUCUGAUCAUGAAGAACCCCCCAGAGCCUAAAAAAGAAGAGGUAACUCUGACGAUGACUAAAAACACCCCACCUCCUCCUGACAACAGACACGUGAUGGUCCCCAUCACAGAUCCACAGUCCGAGCUAAGCCACACAGCUGACAGCGGUCUGGAUCAGGGUGGCUCCACCGUCAGCCUGGCUGACAUCCUCGACUGCAGCGACGAAGAUGAUGACAUGACAGACGACAUCACGGACAUCACCUCAGGCAUCUUCGCCGAUGAGCGCAGCGAGCUGAGCGUAUCUCCUGCUUUUAAAUCUUUGCAGAAGCAGGUAGGAACUCCAGACUCCAUGGACUCGAUGGAUCUUCCAUCUGCCGCUGGAUCUUGUGAAGGUCUCAGCCCCGCGUCCUCCUACCCUUCCAGCUCACCUAAAGCAAUGGACAGCGGCUAUGAUACUGAGAAUAACGAGAGCCCCGAGUUUGUCCCCAAGGAAUCCCAUGAAACCCGAUCACAGCCACAAGGAAAGAUUACCCUGGAUGCCAGUCCAGAGGAAGCUGAGGACAACCACGAGGAAGAGGAUAAAGCACCCCCCUCAGAGGUUCAAGCAUCGUUGGGUCAGGAUUUGAUUCUGGAAAGCUCGCAGACAGACGACCACAUUCUUUUACCACUGAGUGAACAGACUCCAUACAGGGACUCGGCCUACUUUUCAGAUUACGAGAAUGAAAAGCAAAGUCGAGAUGAGGAGAGCCAAGAACACCAGCAGAAAGCAACAGAUGGUCACAAUGAGGAAGGGAAACAGCACGCGGAAGGGAAAAAGGCAGAGAAAAGGAAAAGUGAAGACGAAGAACAGCUCAAAGAUGUCGUGGUGAGCAAAGACUUAAAGCUUGAAGUGGACCAUGAUCCAAAAGACCAAUCAGAGUCUCCACCUUCAGACACAUGCUUGAUAGAGGAGCAAUGCCAGGAUGAAGGACCUACGGAUUCCAUCUUCGUAGCAGAGGGGAUGCUGGAUGACUGGCCAACCCAUGAAGAGAGUUCAGCCUUAGGGGACUGGGCAGCUGAGGUGGUGGGGGCCAUGGAGGAAGCUCUAGGUGCCCUCAACGGAGACUGUCCAUCUAGCUUGGAGGACGGGAGAGGAAUGAAGAACCGAAAAGAUUCUGUUGAGGCAUGCGAGAUGGAGGACGCUCAGAUGAAAACGAUUCACAAAAGGCCGCUAGGAGCAUUUGGUGAAAUCCCGCAUGUCUUACCCAAAGAUGAGGUGGCGCUGCAGCACACUGCCAACAGCAGGCGGUUCUCCUCUUCCUCUCCGGUCUCUCCGUCUACCCAAACACCUCCACUUCCCGCAGAGGGCCGAUCAUCUCCCGCCGACGGCGCGGAGGCCGACGGCGAGGAGGAUGCCGAUACCGACGACAGCGACGAGUCGGACGAGGAGCUGCGAAGCUACAGCGUGCAGGAGGAGGAGGAAAGUGAGGAAGAGUGCCACCCCGUGCCCAUAGUGGUGAGCGACAACAGCGAGGCUCACAAACUGCGAAGCCUCCUCAAGGUCCCAACCAUGCCUGCAGAGAAUCUGGAGCAGGAACACAGGAAGAAGACCGUUUCUUUCUUUGACGAUGUUACCGUCUAUCUGUUCGAUCAGGAGAGUCCUACUAAAGAGCUGGUUGAGCAUGGCUUCCCGUUAGCCUCCGAGGGUUCAAGCUCUGGAAGGAAAUCCCAGGAAAGGCCUAACGUCUCAGAUGAUUCUUCCGAUGGGAACGUUUCAGAGGAGAGCGCAGGCUUCGAGUGGGAGGACGACUUUCCCCUCCUGCCUCUGCCGACAUCCUCGACAGCAGCUGACUCUCCGCCGCCUCCCUCCGUCACCAAAGCUCCGGAGUCCAAGCCGGCCGUCCAGCUGUCCCGCUUCACCGUCUCCCCAGCCAGCGUGUCCCGGUUCUCCAUCACUCACAUUUCUGACUCCGACAUGGACUCUGCAGGAGGAAGCAGUGAAGACGGAGAUAAAGAAUAAACAGCUGUGGAUAUUCACUGCCUCUGUGACAGCAGCUUGUCCUAUUUUAGCAUGACUCCUGGUUUUUUUAAUCAUUAUCAUUGUAAUGUCAGGUUUUCCAAACACGAGACAGUGCCUCUUACCGCCUGCGGACACUUUGAAAACAAAGCCCUCCCACCGAUAUGUAACAAUGGCCCGAGUAGUUUAGAAUACUGAAAAGACAAUGAUAAAAAAUAUUACAUUUUGAGAAGGCAGAAUGAAAGACGGACUUAUGAAAGAGCGCAGAGUUUGGCCCUGCGUAUUUUUGGAUCACAGACAUGACGGAGGGGAAAAAAAAGGACACAUUUUCCACCUUUUUCAUUCUUUUCAUCCAGAACUGGAAUCAUUCAUAACGAUGUGGAGCCAGUCUCAACUUAAAGAUACAGGACAGAAAAAAAAAAAAAAAAAAAAAAAAACCUGCUGCCAGAUUGUUGCUUAGUAAAACACAUCCACUUCAUGGCUUUUCAACAAAGGACGAGCACUUUGAACAAGACUGAGCAGCUUCAGCCUUUCUACUUUUUAGCAAAUGUUUUACUUGUACUAAUAAAUAUCAGAAAUGCU